AUACAUAGAAAGAAACAUGAGACAGAGCUAAAUGCGAAUAUAAAGAUCCGCACGCAAUACGAAUAUAAAUAUACGUACUUUUGGUAAUAACAGUUAAUAAAGUUUUUAUAUAGCUUUUGAAAAACAUUUUCUUUAAAUACAACAUUAUCAAAGGACGAUCUCUAUUCGUCAGAAAAGCGAUAUCGUAAAUAGAUAAUACAUGGAUUUUCAAAGCGUGAAUCCCCUAAACGUACGACUGAACAUGAUCUCAGGCAAUCUGUUACCGAUGACUACUGACGAUUCAUCAUUUCCUAUAGUAUGGAGGAUGUACAGUGCUUUAGUGUGGUUGCUAGAAAUAAUUCAAAUGUGCGCGCUAAUUCCCGGUUGCAUCAUUAUGCCAAAAGAGAAAGCUCUGAAAGAUGGUCUGAUUGGUAUUGCCAUUACCAUGGAAGUGGUCUACACGGUCACGCGAAUUCAUACGCAUAAGGCAUUAGUACAACGAUUGAUUCAGAAACUGAACAAUAUUAUGGACGCGAAGAACGAGAUGAUGAGGAGUACGGUGAUGGCGACGCUGAAACCGAUGGAGAUUCUUUUCAAAUUUUAUUGGAUGGCAGGCAUGGUGUCCAUAAUGAUGUGGACCACCGUGCCGUUUACAUUGGUUUCUAAAAAAAAUUCCUUUUUUUAUAUGGAUUACAGAAUGCCGGUCUUGUUUUCCAAAGAGCCAUUCUCGACCAGUAUUUUUGUAUCGGGAAGUCUCAUUGUAAUGUUCAGCAGCUUGUACAUCUUUACAAAGAAAGUUAGCGUGGAUAGCUAUGUAAUAAAUAUGGUAUUGUUGAUAACGGCACAAUACAAAUACAUUGCGUUGAAACUCUCAAUGAUAUUUCAAGACAAAAGAUUGCAAAAUAAUUACAGCAGUUCUAAUGAAAAGAAGCAUUAUUCUGAGACAAAUUUUUACGCGGAGAAGGAGAUCAAAUCUUUAUGUCAGCAUCAUAACGCGGUUCUUCACGUCACGUUAAUGCUAAGAGAACUGCUAUCUGUAAGCUUCAGUAUAUUAUAUUUAAAUAGCGUUUUCCGGUUUUGCUGCAUUGCUAUCAUGGUGAUCUCAGUACCAUCAUGUGAUUCGAUCGAACGAGCCGUAUUUAUCAUGUAUGCGUCCGGUGGAGUAGUGCAGCUCUACAUAUUGUGUUCUUGUGUGCAAAAAUUACUAGAUGCGAGCAUUGAAAUAACGGACCAAGCAUUUCACGAGGGAUGGUAUCGAUUCGGAACAUCCAUAAAACGAACAUUUAUGUUUAUGAUAAUGGCUAAUAAUUUAGAACUUAAACUUUCAACAUUUGAAAAAUACAAUUUGUCUCUAUCUUCAUUCAUGGCAAUCUUGAAUCAAUCAUAUUCAAUCGCACUGAUACUAUUAAGAACUAAUUGA